GCAUUUGGUGCUCGGUUUAAUCCUACUGAGAGUGAAAUAUUAGCGCCCAACGAUCGUAGUUUAAUUACCAUUCACGGCCCGGAACAUUCACGUUAGCCCGACACUCAACCUUUCCUAAGCCACCAUGUCCGACGCCGAAAUUGAACAGAAGCGCGAGGAGGAUGAACGCCUCGAUACCGCGGAAGACCCCAACGAAGAGGAAGAGAUCUCAGCAAUGAGGCGACGCGUACAAGAGAUGGAGGAAGAGGCCCAGAAGCUGCGCCAGAUGCAGAGCGAGACCGAUCUCGAGCGCCACGAAAUGCGCGAGAGUAAAGAAGACGUCGACGCGCGAAGUGUCUUUGUUGGCAAUGUCGACUACGGCGCGAGCCCCGAAGAGAUCCAGGCACACUUCCAGAGCAUCGGGAGCAUCAACCGUGUCACUAUAUUGCUGGACAAGUUCACCGGUCAUCCUAAAGGGUAUGCGUAUGUGGAGUUCACAGAACCACAUCUGGUCAAUGAGGCCUUGGUCCUCGACAACAGCCAGUUCCGCAGCCGGAAUCUAAAGGUCGUCCCCAAGCGAACGAACCUCCCCGGUAUGACACGAGGCGGACGCGGCGGCCGUGGUGGCCCUCGAGGCGGAUACGGCGGUCGCGGUUCACCGUAUGGACGUGGCGGAUACGGUGGCGGCUACGGCGGCGCUCCACGAGGAGGCGGCUACCGUGGUGGAUACCGCGGCGGAAGAGGCGGAUCGGCAUACCGCCCAUACUAGGUGUGACACGAGAUUGGCACGCACUAUAUACCACGAGACUUUGGUCGCCUUUCCUAUCACUAUCGGGGCUUCAGGCAGGGCAGGCGAGGGACACACAAAAUUGGAUGGGAAUCGUGGUGGAAUUUGUAAGACUGAGGCUUGUACUAUUAAGGUGAUUGUUGGGAACAUGUGAGGGAGCAGUAAUUAGGCUGCUAGACUUCUUAUCACCGGAACUCUGGACGACCAGAUGGGUUUAAUAUAUCUUACAUCAUUCUGUGGCAUGGUAUCUUCUUUGACUUAUGAAUAUUGCGUUGGUCGAACAAGGC